AUGACGAGUGUGGGUAGAUACCUUGGGUGCUGGUUUUUCCUCCAGUUGGCAACCAGCAUUGCAUUGGUGGUCUUCACCCUUUCCACCAUUCAUUGCAGCUCAUUGCGUCCUCCGGCAUAUUCCUCUUCUGAGGUGAUAAUCCCAAGACGGUUAGCAGCCCAAGGAGGGAAGACAAAGAAGGAUGAAAUAUCUUACAUCAUCGAGGCAGCAGGAAGGGAUUACAUCAUCCGGCUCAACCCCCCAAAGCAUUUGCUAGCUAAAGACCUUCCAGUCUUCACAUAUAAUUCAAAGGGGGAACGCGUUGAGAGCCGUCCCUACAUGCCAGUUGAAUGCUACCGUCAAGGUUACGUGGAAGGUAUUGUUGAUUCACUUGCAGUUCUUAGGACCUGUCUUGGUCUCACUGGUUUGUUGAAAAUUGGUGCAAGAACGUAUGGUAUUGAGCCUCUGCAGAAUUCCUCUGCCUUUGAACACCUUCUCUACCUCUCCGAAGAAUCACUGCCUAGUUUUUCAUCAUACAGAGCAGGGGUGGGAAGAACAAAACACCAAGCAAAAGAUCUGCGAAUCAGGCAAACCAGGAUGAUGUACGAUUAUCUCCAGUACGAAGAUUUCCCCAAAUAUAUCGAACUGUAUAUUGUAAUAGACAAAAAAUUAUUUGUCCAAGAAGGAAAUAAUGUCAGCAGAGUGCAAACUGUAGUGCUGGAUGUGGUGAACAUUGCGGAUGCCACCUUUGAGAGUCUCAAGACAAGCAUUGUCCUAGUUGGACUUGAGAUCUGGACUGAAAACAACUUGAUAGAUAUUUCUACAGACUUCACGGAAGUUCUUCAAAAUUUCAAUACGUGGAGAAUCACCAACAUGACCAACAGGACAGAGUAUGACACAGCCUUCUUGUUCUUUAAACAGGAUUUGAAAGGUGUCUUUGGACAGUCCUACCACUCUGCUAUUUGCAAGUCAAAUUUUUCAGCAGGACUCCAAGUCUACCUCCAGAACCAACUGACCCGCUUCGCAAGGGGAUUUUCUCACGAGUUGGCCUCUCAUAUUGGGAUGAACCAUGACGACUCCUACUGUGUCUGUGGCAAACACACAAGCUGCCUUAUGCACACGUACCACGCCUCUGUUAACCUGUUCAGUAACUGCAGCAUUCUGAAUUUCAUAGAACUUUCUGAACAGGGCUCCUUGGGUUGCUUGCUAAAUGUUCCUAGGAUACCUUCCAAAUUUAUGCACUGUGGGGACGGGGUUUUGGAUAUCGACGAGCAAUGCGAUUGUGGGAAAUCAAACACAUGCAUGGACGAUCCUUGCUGCACUCCCAAUUGCCAUUUGAAGAAACAUGCCCAUUGUGGGGCAGGAAAGUGUUGCCGAAAAUGUACGUUCGUUCCCAAAGGAGAAAUCUGCCGGGCUAAAGCCAGCGAAUGUGAUCUCCCCGAAUACUGUAAUGGGAAAUCUCCACAUUGCCCCAAGGACUUGUAUUUGCAGGAUGGAACACCCUGCAGCAAAUAUUCUUCUUACUGUUACAAAAAGAGGUGCUGGAAUCACGAUUUCUUAUGCCGCAGAAUCUUUAAAGGAGAGUCCAGAUCAGGUCACGAGAGAUGCUACCUCGCUCUGAACAUCCUCGGGACUCCCUAUGGCAACUGCGGCUUUGACCAUUCCAGGAAAGAAUAUUUGAAAUGCCAUCCCUUGCACAGCAUGUGUGGAAAAGUUCAGUGUAUAGAUGUGAAUUCUGCGCCUGAGCUGAAAGACAUGGUGAUUCAUAUGAAGGAAGUGCAAGGGACGACGUGCUGGAGCACUUCACAUCCCGCCGAAAUCCAUCACCAUGACAUUGGGAUUGUCCCCAACGGCAUUGUGUGUGACCCGUACAAAGUGUGCAUCAAUCGCAAAUGCGUCUCCAAAGCCGUACUUAAUUCAAGCUGCGACCCGCGGAAAACCUGCCGAGGCAGAGGUGUCUGCAACAACCUUCACAAAUGCCACUGCAAUAGCGGAUGGGCCCCUCCGAACUGCAAGUUUUGGGGUGCAGGAGGGAGCGUUGACGGAGGGUUUCCUACGAUUGCCUGGGGCGACUCCUUAGCAAAAUACAUCCUGGGAACCAUCAUUCCUUUUUGCAUGUUGAUUGUUGCUGCUGUUCUUUUGAUCUUUCCGAAAGUGUGGGAACUCAUGGGAUCAUUUAUGAGGUGGUGGAAAACUUCCAUGGAGAAAGCACUGAACCUCCCCCCCAAAUCAGACACCCAGGUAAGGGUGCCAGUUGAGACUCCCUAG